ACCGGAGAAAAAAAUUGAGAUAAGGUUUGUUAUUGUGUAUAAUAAUUUAUUCUGCUCCUAUUCUUCUUAUCUUUAUUUAUCAAUCAGCGAUUAAUCAGCCGCUGCUGCCUGUUGUUAAUACGUUAAAUUAUUAUCUCUAAUAAUCUAACUAGUAAUUAAUAAUUAUCUUUGGGUUUAUGCCUCUGCGAUAGUAAUUUAUCGGACGUGGGUCAUAUUUUUUUUUUUUUUAAAACAUUCCAAUUUCCCAUGUUGUUACGUUACUUACGUAACAGGUAUCACACUAAUCACACCGAAAUAUCUUAUCAUUAGUAAUUACUACUUAUUAUCUGUCGGAAUUUUAGUACUUAGAGAUCGGUAUUCGAGUUUUUGUUUUUUUCUCGGUUUUAGUUUGAAUAGAAAAUGUAUUCACAACAGUUAUUGACCCACGUCUUGUUUUUCGUCUUUUGCGCCACAGCAGUAGUCUGUCUGAAGAAAGAUGGGUUUUAUUGUCAGUUGUCUCCUCCAUGUACAUGUAUUACGAUCAACGACGACAGAAAUAUAAAUUUAAAUGGAAUAAAUUUGACGCUGAAUAUCACGAAUAACCAGACGUUGAAUUAUCAACCUUGUCUCAAUAAUGGUAGUGGAAUUAUUAUUGAAUCAGUAAAUGAGACGUCCAAUUCUACAACACAACUUGCUAAUUUUAAUAUUGUUGACGUUAAGCUAAGCAACAUGGUAACGUUUGUCUAUAAAAAUGAUGACCAUCAGUUUGAUGUAAUUUUGGUAUGUGAUCCAUUGGCAGUCAGUGGAAAUGAAUCUCUAAUACAUUUCCAGAAUGUUACAGAUAACCAAUGUACAAUUGAACUUAAAACCAGUCAAGUAUGUGGAUUAAAUUUAAGUGAUGCGUAUGAUAAUAGCACAGAGUCAGAAUCUUGGUCUUAUUUUUUUUCAUUUGUCUUGGUUGUGGCAUUUGUUUACUUUGUUGGUGGUUCUGUAGUAAAUGCCUGUUUAUUUAAUGAGAUUGGUAUUAAUAUGAUUCCUCACCAUGCAUUUUGGUCUUCUCUGUACGAUAAAAUUAAGGAUAAACUAUGUGGCACAUCAACAAUGGCAUCAGCCUAUGAAAGUAUAUAAAAUAUUUAUUUAAACAAAAAUAAGAUGCUCAUACAUAUUGUAUGGUACCUAUUAAUAUUAAUUGCUAGGCAUGUUAUUACUGAAUGUAAAAUAUAAUCUUUAUUUUGUAUUUUAUUCUUCUUAAUUACAAAAGAAACACUUGUAUUCAAUAACUUAAUUAUUUUAUGUAUUUUUUUUUUAUCAAAAUUUAAAAUUUACUUUAUUGCAAGUAAUAUUUUAAAUCUGUUAUUAAUAAAAAUUCAAUUGUAAUCAGGGUUUUA